CUCAGCUUUGUGAACGUUGGAGGUACGUCCAUUUUGUUAACGCGUACGAUCCCGGCUAGUCGACGCCGGUGUAGAGUAUAAUUCACGUUCGAUGCGAGUUCACAUGACGGCGGGGGUAUUAUAGUCGUGUGGUGUAGGGUCAAUCGCGAGCAGUGGCUGUCUGUCGGCGGCGUACGGUGUCGCAUCGUUUUCGUCUUUUCUUUGAUUCGUUGAGAGACGAGGAGAGAAAUACGAUUAGAAUUAUUCUUUAUAAACGCGUGUGAGAACCUUUAAAUAAUUUGACCAUCUUCAAGAUUGUUAAUAUUAUCGACUAUUUAUAACCGUGAUAGAAUUUUUAUCGGGUUAAAAGAAAUUUUUAUUUGUUGUUCUCUCUUCUCUCUUUUUUUGUACUUCCAUCUUUUCCGUAUCGCGUCUUCUUUCGAGAUUUCGGUACAAGAUGGCGGACAUACAGGGAACCCCAGUCGCUCAGGACGCCCUGUCCGUCGUACAGCUGGAACUUGGUGGUAAUCCAAAUGCCUUGGCGUUGCGCAGGCCAUUCGACCCGGUGGCACAUGAUCUUGAUGCGACCUUCCGCUUAACGCGGUUUGCCGAUCUUAAAGGAUGAGGGUGUAAAGUCCCUCAGGAGAUUCUUGGAAAACUCCUAGAGGGACUACAGGCAGAUGAUAAUGCCGCACAGGAUCAUGAACAUGCCCACUUUAUGCAUAUGGCCAUUCCGCGCAUCGGCAUUGGUAUGGAUUCCUCAGUGACUCCUUUAAGACAUGGCGGGCUUACUUUGGUACAAACAACAGACUUUUUUUAUCCGCUAGUUGAUGAUCCCUACAUGAUGGGAAAGAUUGCAUGCGCCAAUGUCAUCAGUGAUUUGUACGCCAUGGGUGUCACGGAAUGUGACAAUAUGUUAAUGUUAUUGGGUGUCAGCACAAAAAUGACAGAGAAAGAACGUGAUGUAGUUGUUCCUUUAAUUAUGAGAGGUUUUAAAGAUUCAGCACUGGAGGCUGGAACAACCGUUACUGGUGGUCAAACUGUUGUUAAUCCUUGGUGUACGAUAGGUGGUGUCGCUUCUACUGUUUGUCAACCAAACGAAUAUAUUGUACCAGAUAAUGCAGUUGUUGGUGAUGUACUUGUAUUGACAAAACCUCUUGGUACACAAGUAGCUGUUAAUGCACAUCAAUGGUUAGAUCAACCAGAUCGUUGGAAUAGAAUUAAACUUGUUGUUAGUGAAGAUGAUGUACGAAAGGCUUAUCAACGAGCGAUGGAUAGUAUGGCACGUUUAAAUAGAAUAGCUGCGAGAUUGAUGCAUAAAUAUAAUGCACAUGGAGCGACAGACGUUACAGGCUUCGGUCUCUUAGGACACGCACAAAAUCUCGCGAAACAUCAGAAAAACGAAGUCUCAUUUGUUAUCCAUAAUUUACCUGUUAUUGCCAAAAUGGCAGCAGUAGCUAAAGCUUGCGGUAAUAUGUUCCAAUUACUACAAGGACAUUCAGCUGAAACGAGUGGUGGGCUUCUUAUAUGCCUUCCUCGAGAACAAGCAGCUGCGUACUGUAAGGAUAUAGAAAAACAAGAAGGAUAUCAAGCAUGGAUUAUUGGUAUUGUGGAAAAGGGAAAUCGUACUGCUCGAAUAAUCGACAAGCCUAGAGUUAUCGAAGUUCCAGCGAAAGAAAAGGAUGGAGAGCUCUGGUAAUAAAAAGACCAGAAGAUUCUCAAUCAUUCAUUUUGAAACAUUUAUAAUAUUAAUAAAUGGCACACAAGAACACCAA